AUGGAACAGCACACUGUGGUCCGGAUGAAUUGACCCAUUUUCUGUGAUUGUCCAAUUUUAUCUUCCUCUCUCCCCCCUCCCCUCCUUUCCCCUCCCCUCUCUCUGUUUCCUUUUACAGGCUGUUCUUUGCUGGGCACCUCCCUCCAGACUCUUUCUCUCUUUCAUCCUCCCUUUCCCAUACCCGCUUGACUUCCCUUCACUCUUCUUCUCUUUCUCCACCUGCACAUCUGUCCCUCCAUCCUUCCUUGACUCUACCUCCAUCCAGCGGCGCUGCCAUCAUGCGUCGGUACAGCUCCGAGGGGUCCCUACUCGAUAUGGAUUUCCUGCCGAGGACGAAGGUACCGCUGAAGGACCACAACUACCACAGCCGGGACGGGGAGUCAGGGCACCUACACCACCCACAAGGGGGAGGACAAACUGGAUGGGCAAACCACCUCUCUCCCCCCCACCCCCAUCAUCCUGGAGCCUGGGGCCAGCCCUGGGAGUACGACGGGGAGGGGGGAACUGAGCAAGGAGCACAGCGUCAGCGCGGAGUACAUCACAGAACUGGGGAAGCUAGAGGGUAAGGGUCAUCUGGGAGUGAUGAACCUCAGUGAAGGAUGCAGGGCGUACAGUGACGGGCAGUUGGCUCCCGCUACUACAGGCCGCAGCACAGAGAGCGUGGGCAGGGACGACCAGCCGCCGCCCUCUCCCUCGUACUCAACCUCUGGCUCCAGCACCUUCUCCUUCAAGUCACAGCAACGGUCUCACGCCAGAGCCAAGCUGUCAGCAGCCAAGCUACACCUGAAGAGCCUGUUUGGGCAGGUAAAGAGUGAUGGGGGGGAAAGGGGACAGGACUGGGGGUGGGAGGUCUGAGGGUGGGAGGUCAGGGUCACUAGCGGUGUGGUCUCUGACCGUGUUUUGAGAUUUGGAUGUGUUAGGUCUACUGUAUGGGAAUUGAUCGCCUGUGUGUCGUUGAUGGCAGGUUGCACAUUUUAGACCAUUACAUUGUGACCUAGUGAAAUCUCUACUCCAACCAGGAGCUAAAACAAGCUAAAACAAAUGCACCCUCUGGUCCCUCCUAGUGGUAUUCUAACCUUGAGCUUCAUCUGACAGAGUGUUAUUCAUAAAGCAAGCGGCUGUGUUAAUGUCAAGGUCACACUAAGUUGACAAAGGAUUAAAUAAUCAUAAGAUAUUCAGUCGUGCGCAACGGCACACAUUUACGUCAAAUAUUCUCAAUUUGAUUUAAAUAUUGUCAUGCAUAUUAUUCCUGUCAUUGUGUAACUCAUUAGGUGCUCUUCAAAUCUUUCAUUUGAUUAUUUUAGAUAAAACCAUCUGCCAAAUGGCAAAACCAAUGAAUACAAAGUUUGGCGGUGGAAAGUCCUUCUCCUCUCCUAUUUCCCCUAUAUGUUGGCAUCCACGUUGACAUCCACUACCUCUUUCCCAUAGGUCAUGUUUUAAUGGUUUCCGUUUGGAAUGUUGGAUGUUUUUUUUAAUGGCGUCAAUGAUUCGAUACAGGAAAAUAUUGCUCAAACUGAACUUCUUUAAAUGUUAUAUUACGUUUGGGCCAAAACCAAAGAAGUCAUACCGCUGAGAUUUCUGUGUGUGUGUGUGUGUGUGUGUGCGCUGACUGUAUGUAUGUGUGACACAUGUCAAUCAUUUUAAAUGUGGAAACAAACUAAUGCUGUCUCUUCCAGAGUCCCCAUUCGUCACAUUCCAACCUGUUUAACCCGGAACAGAAAGACAGGUGAGCUCAUCAACGUGCCUGGGCAUUGCAUUCCGAUGGUAACCCAAGUUCAAUUCGGAUGAAAAUAAAUGUGAUUGUCAACACUGAUGUCACACAGAUAUACCAAAAUAUCCUUAUCACAUGAUUGGUUUCCGUAACUUAAUCUUGUGCUCCACACAUGUCCUCCACUGUGGGCAAUAGCCUGUGGACGAGGUUGCUUUCUAAGAGGAAGAUGUCUAAAGCAGUCCCCCGGCCAAACGGCACCCUAGUCCCUAUGUAGCCCAUAGUGCUCCUGGUCACCAAGUGUCAUCAUAUCAAUGUGUCCAUCUGUGCACCACUAAAGUUCCUGUUCUCUAUGGUCCUACCUCAUCUGUACCUCAUCCAUCCUUGACUGUUACACUUGAUACUGAGCCAAUCCAUUAACUACUGUAUCUGUGUCAUCUCAUUCUAUCUCUCUCCUCCCUUGUCUCAUCUCUCCUGUCUCUAACUCUGCUCUUCCCUGUCUCUCUCUCCCUGUCUCUCUAACUCCCUCUGUCUCCUCUCCCUGUCUCUCAACCUUCCCUGUCUCUCCUCCACCGUCCGCUCUCCCUAUCUCUCUCCGUUCUCCUGUCUCCAUCUCCCAUCUCUCUCUCCCGUAUCUCUCAUCCCCUUCUCUCUCUCCCUCCUUCUCCUCCCUGUCAGUCUGCUAACUCAGCGCGGUCUCUCCUGCUCUCCGUUGUCUCUCAUGGUCCCUGGCCUCUCAGUCCACUUUCCCUCUCUCUGACACGUUUCUACCAUGCCUCGAUCCCCUGUCUCCCUCCCUGUCUCUCCUCCUGCCUAACGUCGCUAGUGCUACUCCUCCCUGUGCCCAGUGACUAGUGCCACCCUGCUCCUUCCUGCGCCUGUCUUUAGACUCCUGGAACCCCUCCCUGCUGUCUCAUCUCUCCAGCUAACUCCCUCCUGGCCAGUCAACUAGCACCCUCCUGCCAUAGACUAGACCCCCCUGUGCCAGUAGACUAGACACCCUCCUCCAGUAACUAGGAACCCUCCGGCCAGUAGACUGGACCCUCCUCUCUCUCCCUGGCCAUAGACUAGGACACCCUCCUGGCCAGUUGACUAGGACACCCUCCUGGCCAUGUAGACUAGGACACCCUCCUGGCCAGUAACUAGGACCACCCUCCUGCCAGUAGACUCGACACCCUCCUGGCCAUUAACUAGACACCCUCCUGGCCAGUAACUAGCACCCUCCUGGCCAGUAGACCAUCGGACCCCUCCUGCCAGUAACUAGGACACCCCUCCUGCCAUAACUAUGGAAACCCUCCUGGCCAGUAACUAGACCCUCUCCGUUGAUGCGCCAGUGAGCUAGGAGCCCUCCUGGCCAGUUAGACAGGAACAAACCUCGGCUAGUAGACUAGGACACCCUCCUGGCAGUCAGUAGAACUAGGACACCCUCCUGGCCAGUAGACUAGGACACACCUCCUGGCCAGUAGACUAGGACACCCUCCUGGCCAGUAGACUAGGACACCCUCCUGGCCAGUAGACUAGGACACCCUCCUGGCCAGUAGACUAGGACACCCUCCUGGCCAGUAGACUAGGACACCCUCCUGGCCAGUAGACUAGGACACCCUCCUGGCCAGUAGACUAGGACACCCUCCUGGCCAGUAGACUAGGACACCCUCCUGGCCAGUAGACUAGGAACCCUCCUGGCCAGUAGACUAGGACACCCUCCUGGCCAGUAGACUAGGACACCCUCCUGGCCAGUAGACUAGGACACCCUCCUGGCCAGUAGACUAGGAACCCUCCUGGCCAGUAGACUAGGACACCCUCCUGGCCAGUAGACUAGGACACCCUCCUGGCCAGUAGACUAGGAAACCCCUCCUGGCCAGUAGACUAGGAAACCCUCCUGGCCAGUAGACUAGGAACACCCUCCUGGCCAGUAGACUAGGACACCCUCCUGGCCAGUAGACUAGGAAACCCUCCUGGCCAGUAGACUAGGAAACCCUCCUGGCCAGUAGACUAGGAAACCCUCACUGGCCAGUAGACUAGGAGCCCUCCUGGCCAGUAGACUAGGACCCCUCCUGGCCAGUAGACUAGGACACCCUCCUGGCCAGUCUAAGUAGACUAGGGUGCUAUUCAUUACUGCACACCGUAGCAAAAGGUUUUUCAACGGAAAACUAAAAAAAGGUAUUUCAGUCAGACUGAGUAGUACAGCCAGUCCCAAACCACUCCCUACCCUUCCUCCUUGGCCUUUACCCUUCCAUGUUUGCUGAUCUGAAGGAUUUAUUCAAGUAUAAUCAGAGCAGUGGUGAAGCUUCCACCAUAAUGCUUCCACUGUACAGAUCUACAAAUAUGGAAGGGCAAAGGUAAUCUCGGCAUCCCAGAAGGAAACUCUGGCGCCAGCUACUUGAUUGGGUUGUAGGGGGAAGAGGUAUGAGAAAAUAUACUAGAAUGAGGAGAGGAAGCAGGGCGGUAGCUCCACCCCACCUCUCUCUGCAAGUUUCGGUGAAGUCUAUGAGCCAAAUGUCUCCUUCAGAAAUGUGAAAGAUGCUCACACCUGCCAAAUCGGGAUUUGUCCAAAUGACCAGUGACAUUAAAAAGAACGCACCAGAACAUUUUGUUGCACCGGAGUGUGUACUGGGCACCCGUCUAAUAAGAGUUGGAUGUUCAUUUUGUCUAUGGUCUGUCUUUGAGUUUAGUUUACAUCCUGCAGGCUGUUUGACAGAUGUUCUGAUACCAUCUGUGUUACGUAGUCUGUCCACAAGAGACUUAAGGGCAAAGAGGAAGUGGAAGAAGCAAAGUGUACUCUGCUCCUGUUUUACAACCUCAGCUCACCAGUUUCUUGCAGCAUGUUGUGACGUCAGUCAGCGUGAUAGAUCCGUAG